UUUUAUAUUUGGUUCUUUAGGCUUUAGAUCCACCUGGUAUCACUUUUCUCAACCGUCUGUUUGGAUACAAGAUAUAUACGCAGAUACCUGGAUCGAAGAGACAUAAUCUCUGGGAAACCACACCUAUCAUCAUUCUGAGUUUUCAUCAAGAUGCCAAUCACUGGGGUCUUCUUCAUCCCAUCAAACCCCAACGCCUCCACGGCGUUCGCUACAGUUACAGAGCGUCUUCAUUCAUCAUUAACCGAUGAACCCAUUCCUGUGGGCCGUUGGGCUCUAGAGCAUAAGCUGAUGCGGGAUACCCCAUCCUGUCUACCUGCAUCAGCGUCCCAGCGUCCCGCACAACCGAGGUACAUGCAGUUCCUCUCUCUAACCUACUUUCCAAACCAUGGGUUUAUCUACACGUCUCCGCCACCAGAAAAGGUGCCCCACGCUCAUUCCGGCGGCGGUAGUCCCGGUGCAGUAGCUCCAGGGGCACCGAGUCCCGCCUCUCCAACCCCAAUUCCACACCAGACCGCGACACCUACACAGGCUGCGGCAUCGAACAGUCAGGAUCAUUCGUCAAUGGUUAUGACGACUGUUCCCUUGCCGGCUUGCAGUACACUCUUUCAACACUUUGUUUACGCUUGCCAACCGUUCUGGUGCCAUCGACACACCGUUACGGUUCCUGGCGGUGUCGUCUAUGAUGUUGGUGAUUUUCGGGUCCGAAUUGGUGAUGUACGACAGACGCAGCCAGCUGCAAGGGUCAGGGGUACGGUUGUUGAGAUAGAAUGGAAGGGUCCGUCGUUAGUGACGUCCAUCGCGUCGCUGUUUAGCCAGUCCAAGAAGGCGUUCAGCGGCCCUAGAGAUAGUGGCUUACCAGAUGAUGACGGUGAUUCCGGGAUCGACAUGGCGUUUCCUGAGGGUCUUGAGGAGGCAGAUAUUGAUGCUGAGUAUGCUGCGACUGCGACAUUAAUUCGAGAGUUCUGGGCGCGCUUGGAUAUUCAAGGGGCGCGGGAAGCAAUCCUUGUGCAGGAUAUCGGCAGGGAAUCUAAGGAGCAGUUGCGAAAAUUGAAGCAGUUAGGAGAUCAGAAAGCACGCCAACCAUCUACCAGUGUCAUGGGAAGCGGGCAGCAGGAUGAAGACCCCGACCCAGAAGCUGGGGUCGAUGUGGCGAGGCAAUUCAUGGAAAUCUUUAGAUUUAAUCGCUAAGGGUGCGGAACGUUACAUUACAGCUUAGGGAUAG